CUUCGAAUGCGAAAUGGUUUUUGCUGCGUGACCCAUCUACAAUAGCAACAAUCUAGUCCCCAACCCAAAUUUGUUAAACAACACAUUCUGUAUCCGCUAUAAAUACAUCGCAAUGGCUUCAUUGAUCUCAUCAUUCGACUGUCCUUCAUCCGAUGUCUGGCCAAAGGCAGUCGGUGCCACAGUAGACUCUGUGUCCACAAGCAUGACUGCCAACUGCCGUGCUUUUUCCUGCAAAGGAACGGGGAUCAAGAUGGGAGAGAAAUGUUCAGUGUGUGGCUGGGAACGCCCAAGUGGAGAUGCUGCCGAAUCCGAGUCUGCAUCGGAGGGCUACCCAGGGUUCAGUUGUCGAGAGAUUUGAGAACUUGUCGUUGCAUUUCAACGUCGCCGAGAUUCCGCACUUCUCCGCUCCACGACGCUUCCUGGAAACUCAAUUCUAGCCACAUAUCAUAUCAGGCCGCCAAAGUGUAAAAGAAGAAUUGGAACAGAUGGCAGCAAGAAAACCCUUACUUUCUCUAGGUU